UUGAGCGCCAAGUCGAUGUUCAAAAUCAUCUAUUUGGGAAGGAUGUUGUUUGAGAUAGGGCUACUGGUGCUAACUAGUGUUCUGUACAUUUACUAUGAAGUCACAAAGCAGUAUGGAUUUUUCAAGGAUCUGGGAGUUCCAUUUUUAAAGCCCUCCUUUCCUUUUGGGAGUGAAAAUGGAAAGAAAAUGUUUUUGGGCAAAAUUGCUUUUCAAAACACUGAUGUUGAGGCGGUUAAAGAGUUUCCAAAGGAGAAAGUAUUUGGCUAUUUCCUUAUAGGUCAGCCAGUUUUUGUCAUCAAUAAUGAAGAACUAGCAAAGAAGGUACUUAUCAAAGAUUUUGAAUACUUCACCGAUCGUAGAACUUUUGACACAGCUGAUCCUAUUGCCAAUGCCUUUCUCACAAAUCUCACUUGAAUGGAGUGGAAGCAAAUGAGAUCUAUGCUCAGUGGAGUAUUUACCAGUGGGAAACUCAAACUAAUGGCCAAGCAUGUGGAUAAAGUUGGAAAAAACUUUGAAAAAUAUGUGGCAAGAAUUAUGGCCUUGACACUUGUUGGAGCUCCGGGCUAUCGUUCUCCUCUUGACAACAUAAAAAUGUUUUUUCUUGCAAUUUUACCAAAGGUUGGAAAGUUUUUAAAAAUCUCUUUUAUGAAACCUCAGGCAGUCAACUUCUUUUCUAGUAUCCUAAGAAAGACCUACAAGAGAAGAAUGGCCAAUGGGGAGAAGCGCAAUGACAUAAUAGAUGUUAUCGUUGAAGAACUCCGAUCUACAAAGACAAAGAAGCCACAAACUUUUGAAAGUGAUUUUGAGAAAGAUGCUGCUCUAGACACAUCAGGUCUGAAAGAUAUAAGAGAAACUGGGUUAGAUGAAGAAAUACUACUGAUUUCCAAUGCUCUGUUGUUCUUUUUUGCUGGAUUUGAGACUACAUCUUCUGGAAUUUCAAUUAUUUGUCACAAGCUUGCUCUUUACCCGGAGCUGCAAGACAAGGUAUUUCAGGAGAUUUCUGAAAUUCUUGGGGAAAGUGAAGAUGUCAGCUUUGAACAACUUCAGGAAAUGAAAUAUUUAGAUAUGUUUAUAUCCGAAUGCUUUCGUGUUAAUACCAUUUUGCCGGCACUGGAACGUAAAUGUGUCAAAGACUACUUAAUCCCAAAUACCGAUAUCAUCAUACCAAAGGGGCGCUUUGUCAAAAUAUACACUAAUGACAUAAGUGUACGAGAGGACAACUUCAAAAAUCCAAAUGACUUUGAUCCAGAAAACUUUGCUCCUGAAAACAAUCCCAAUAAGUUUGGAAUGAUGAUUUUUGGCCAAGGUCCACGGAAUUGUAUUGGAAUGCGUUAUGCUCUCCUGACGAUCAAGAUAACAAUGGUCUAUCUGCUCAGGAAUCACAGAGUAGUAAGAUCUGGAAAAACUACAGAUGUUCUUGAAAUUGACCCAGCUAACUUUAAUGUUUUCAAGAACGGAGUCUUCAUGAGAAUAGAGAAACGACAAUAAAAUGAUAAUGUUUUGUGUUUUAAACCAUGUCAGACUGUUUAUAUUCUUAACAUGAUUUUCUUAAUCAUUUAUCAAGUUUAAUUUCACCACAUAAAGAUAAUAAACCUUAUCUUCUAA